AUCUCCCAUCUCAUAUCUAAUCCGGCUCUUGAUCAACACAUACAUAUAUAGAUAUAUAUGGCUCCUCUGGUUCAGCAUAUUGUCGUCGUUCUUUUAAUCGCAAUUCCGUUGACAAAGGCAGUUCUUGAUGCCCACUACUAUGACAAAACAUGUCCUCAGGCUGAAAGUAUCAUCUUUCAAACUCUUCGUAAUGCUUCAUUAUAUGAUCGUAAAGUCCCUGCUCGCAUCCUCAGAAUGUUCUUCCAUGAUUGUUUCAUAAGGGGGUGUGAUGCGUCAAUUUUGCUCGACUCAACUCCGGGAAACAAAGCAGAAAAAGACGGCCCUCCAAACAUCUCAGUUCGAUCAUUCUAUGUGAUUGAUGAUGCCAAAACUAAACUUGAAUCUGCUUGUCCGCAUACAGUUUCUUGUGCUGAUAUAAUUGCUGUCGCGGCAAGAGAUGUGGUAGCAAUGUCUGGAGGUCCACACUGGAAUGUACUCAAAGGAAGAAAAGACGGAAGAGCCUCCAUAGCUAAUGAAACAAUUAACUUGCCAGCACCAUCCUCCAAUUCAACGCAACUUAUUCAGAGUUUUGCAAAGAGGGGUUUAGGCGUUAAAGAUUUGGUUGCUCUUUCCGGUGGACACACCCUAGGAUUUUCACAUUGCUCUUCCUUUGAAGCCAGGCUUCGAAAUUUUAGUUCGUUGCACGAGGUUGAUCCUACCUUGAACACAGACUUCGCAGAAAACCUGAAGAAGAAAUGCUCAAAACACCAUACAGACAGCAAUGCAGGACAGUUCCUGGACUCAACCGCAUCUACUUUUGAUAAUGAAUACUACAAGCGAGUUAUUGCAGGAAAAGGCGUGUUUGCAUCAGACCAGGCCUUGUACGGUGAUCACAGGACUAAAUGGAUUGUUGAAUCAUUCGCCAGAGAUCAAGCACUGUUCUUUUCGGAAUUUGCAUCUUCAAUGGUGAGACUGGGUAAUGUUGGUGUUAAUGAACAUGGAGAAGUGAGAACAAAAUGCAGAGUUGUGAACUGACUCUGCUGUGUCUUUGUUGUCUGCGUGUUUGUUUCGAGCGUGAGACACUUUCAAUGUUUGAGAGACAAUAAAAAGUUUUCUGCCGACCGAUGAAUUCCUGUACGUGCUGGAUUUUGGAGGU